AACGAAUAGUCCACCAUGUCAGGAAUGAAGUUAAGAGCUGAGAAGAAGAUGAGAAAGCAUCUCAUCGAGCAGCUCAAGGCCAGAAAGGUCUUGGGUGCUCGGAUUGCUCAAGGAGAGAAGUCUGCUGAGGACCUUACUCGUUUGAAUAUGCCUCCUCAGUUGUAUGUAUUCCACAACCGAUUCUCUGGCCAGGUAUUAUAUUCACAAGUUCCUGGGUUCCACCAAGAUCAGAUCGACGCCCAGUUUACGCGGCCCAACUGGCAAAACCGCAAACCCAACAGAAGAACUGAUUUGUGGAAACUCAUGUGUGUGGUGAACUUUUCCAACCACGAAUACGCUGUGGCCGCAUACCAUGGACUAAAGGACUUGAGGAAGUGCCGGGACACCGUACAGCAACAGGUGGCUAAGGCCAUGAGAAAGAAGGACGACGACGGGAACAUCUGGAGCUCUGGGCAGUAUCGCCCGACGUAUGCCCAAGAAGCAGUAGCUGAUUUGAGUCAUGUGAUCGAUGAGUUUGAAUUGGAAAAUACCCGGGUGAUGUGGGAAAGUGCCUGGAGAAAAGGUGAUGAUGCCCGCUGGCGGAACGACUUGGUGGAGCAUGAGACCUUACCUCCAUUUACAACCAAGUAUCAGACGGCAUUAAUGGCGGAAUUGCAAGAAAAAGCGGUCGCUGAGUUUGCAGCUGCUAGAGAAGGCGAUAUGGCCCACCAAUCUGAUACCGGAGCCCCUGGCCCGGGUACUUCAUCUCCUGUAGCAUAAUCAAAUUUGUUCACGUGACAUUCUGCCAUUUUGUACAUAGCCAAUACACGCGGGGCGGCGGCGGCGCCUCGCCAGUGCGCGCACGACUCCGCCCCAUACUUUAAGUGCCAAAUCCCG